GUAAAUUCUUGUUUCGUCGAAACCAACAAAGAAUACGAAAUGCCACUCUCCAACAUGAAGAGCAUGUCCACUCGAGCAGCCGCUUUGCGGCGGCGCGUGUCAGAGUACACGUCUGCGGCAAGUCUCAAAGCAGACGCCGCGACAGAGCGGGCGAUUCAACUCUUGCACAGUCUGCGUGAGUGGGUUCAGACGAAAACUGCGAUCACAAGCGGCGAAGUUCAGCAACCAGAAGGUGUCGAUGUGCGAGAAGAAGGAGAAGCAGCACCCGCUGUGCCAUCAAAAUCAAACUCGACGGUUUCAACACUCGCAGCUCAUUUGAAGAGAACGAUCGGAUCGAUUCCGUUUUUCGCAUGGCAGAUCUCGUUCUUCUACGCACUGCCACAGUUGAUUCUGUUGAUUAUAUUGCUAGUGGUUCCCGCGAACAGGGUGACGAAUACGUGCUUUGCGCGGCAGUGGUCACCACUGACCUGCGGCGUAAAUGGUGUGAACUGCAUACUGGAUACUUCUGUCUGGACGAGCCGUAUGCAUGAUAUAUUAUAUAUAAGGCUGCACUGAUAGUCUUACUGUUAUCUCGUAUGGUGCAGACGCUGUGUAGCCUCGUCCCCACAUGCACUGCAUCCGUUACCUAACCACUAGGCGUCGGGGUCGGCGACGUAGAUCAUGUGCUAUUCUUGUCAGUAGUGCUUGUUGCUGUUUUAGUUUUGGAUUGACCGAUGCCAGCAAUUUGCGUCCUCUUCCUUGUGUAACAGGUCUUCUUCUAUAAUUGGAUGUACUAACUAUUUAAUCUAUGUAAUGUAGUCGUCUGUGUUGAACAAUGCCACGAGGACCUCCACAAACUUAGUCCCUUCAGCCUCCUUUCUUGACGUUCAUGGAAGAGGCUGAGUGGAGGAGUAUCUACUGCCGCCAAGGUUGCGGCAGCGUCCUGAGAGGAGGUUGGGAUGCUGUGUUUGGCGGCUUACCGAGUUCCGAGGUAAAUUUUUCGCGUCAGAGACGACUGCGAGAAGGUGAGGUUGGGAUUCAUGAGAAUGAAGAGCUUCAACCAGCAAAACUACUGAAUGCCGAUGAGGCCGCGACAAUCACUAGAGCUGUGAAAUGGAUCACUGUCAACUCCUCGUCAGAGGAGGAUAGCACAAAUCAAGAAACGACUUUCCCUGAGCUGCAGGGGCGUGAAGAGCAAGGUCAAUUUUCUCGCAUGGUGGAGAUCCAAACUACAGGCGAUCGACGUCGUAUCCAGUCUGUGAUAGUCAACCACGAGGACGGACCUUCGUCUUCCGGCGUACAAGUUUUACCCCACGAGGAAGACUCAAGAAUAUUUUUAACUAGUAAUCGAGUGCUAACGUCGUCCGUCAAGGAGGGUUACAUUUACUCGGCUCCGAGUCUCUUGUGCCCGUCAGCGGUGCAUGCAGGGUUCGUGUCCGACGAGAGCGGAGGCUGUCUCCGCUACAGGACGCAUCCUGGAUUUCAUAUCUACUCGCCGAGGAAACGCAAUGGUUAUACCUCUUCCGAAAUGGGCUAUUUUCCUGUCGCAGUAGAACUGCGAGCUUGCGACGAUCCAGCUGCAUGGGCUGGAGGGAAAGUGGGGGACACUGAUAUGAACAGAAGAAAUACUUAUUGUUGAACUUGAAAUGACCACAUGUAAGUAAAAACCGGUUGAUUUUCCCUCUUUUUAUCCUAGGUUUUUCCCUCCAAUCAAUAAUCACAUGUAAGUAACAUACCAGACCAACAAUGACCGUAGCCACCUAUUGCUAUAUUAUAGAAGAGGCACCAUGUUGACGAUGACAUGACAAUGAUCAUAGUCAUAGAUCAUAGAUGGAUCCUCUCUUUUUCAUCAUUCCUCGGGUUUAUUCUUCUCUUUCAUUCAGAAGCCAUCGCAUGCGGAGGUCCUGACGGCUGUGGAGCCAGUAGCUUUUGCGUGCUUGACCCUGUUCCUCCUUAUUGUAUGAUGCCACUCAUUGAGAACGAAGGUAUGGGACGAACGUCGUUGCAGCUCAGUAAAAGAAGCCAAAGGGGGUCGGAACGACAUUCCCAUAUCGACAUUCUCAAUGAGUGGAAGCAUUCACUUAUG